GGAAAACCCCCCGCCGGCCCCGAGAGGCGGCGGCGCCCCUCCCUCGUCAGUAUGUUCUAGACAUAAGGACUCCGAUCUUGAUUUGAAGAUUCAAAAUAGGCGAGAGGUCUCUGGAUGGCAGACUUUGAAAAGAAAUGCUGUUUUAAGAGAUAUCACUGUUGGAGAGAUGGAAAGAGGAGAUUUGUGGAAGAUACCACCUAGACUUCAGAUCUGGAAAAAACUCACUUUUUCAAAAUUAAGUAAAACUUAAUCUUUUGGACAUUGUGCAGGCUUGCUGUUUAGUUCCAGUUUGUGAGAGAUCACUAACAUGGAUGUCACUUCAUUCAGGAUUGUUCAGAGAAAUUCCAGCAGCUGACACCAAAGAUGCUAACAAGAAAGAUUAAGCUUUGGGACAUUAAUGCCCAUAUAACCUGUCGUCUGUGCAAUGGAUACCUGAUUGAUGCUACCACUGUAACAGAAUGCUUACAUACUUUCUGUAGAAGCUGCCUAGUGAAAUAUUUGGAGGAAAACAACACCUGUCCGACCUGUAGAAUUGUUAUACAUCAGAGCCACCCAUUACAGUAUAUUGGUCAUGACAGAACAAUGCAAGAUAUUGUUUACAAACUUGUGCCAGGCCUCCAGGAAGCGGAAAUGAAAAAGCAAAGGGAAUUUUAUCACAAACUGGGCAUGGAAGUUCCAGGGGACAUCAAAGGGGAGACAUGUUCUACAAAACAGCACCUAGAUUCCCAUCGAAAUGGUGAAACUAAAACAGAUGAAAAUUCAAACAAAGAAACUUCUGAGGAAAAACAGGAAGAAGAUAAUGACUACCACCGAAGUGACGAACAGGUAAGCAUCUGCUUGGAAUGCAAUAGCAGCAAAUUGCGUGGAUUGAAACGAAAAUGGAUUCGCUGCUCAGCACAAGCAACAGUCUUGCAUCUAAAGAAGUUCAUUGCCAAAAAACUUAACCUUUCUUCUUUUAAUGAGCUGGACAUAUUAUGCAAUGAAGAGAUUCUUGGCAAGGAUCACACGCUGAAGUUUGUAGUUGUUACAAGAUGGAGAUUUAAGAAAGCACCUCUACUGCUACAUUACAGACCCAAAAUGGACUUGCUGUAAGAGAACUUUAUUGUCCUUCUGGACAGAGUUUUUUGCAGAGACGAUCAUCUGGCACCUUGUUAGUGCAUCACUAAUCCAUGACACAAACCAGCCGACUAAUUUUGGAAGACUGUAGUGCUUUCAUAGCAGACUGUCCUUCUGAAUAGUUCUUCUAGCGAUGUGUUACCUAGAUCUAAGAACAGAAAAUAUUUAUACUUUUUUGUAUGGAAGAAAGAAGUCGCAACUCAGCAAGACACUACCAGCACUAAGUUUACAGAUACUGAAAACACUUCACAGUUCCAUGUAGCUUAGCCUGAUUUAUCUUAAAGUUAUACAGAAGUAAGUUAGAAUGUUUUGGAGUGAUUUAAAAACAUUGCUUUUGACACCAGGUUGCAUUUAGUUACUUCUCAUGUUCUGAAUCUUUAAAAACUAUAUUUUUGAAAAGUGUUACUGUCUUAUAUAGUAUGCCUGAUCGCAUUGGCUUUAUUCGAGUUAUUCUGUAGAGCAUUGAACAUAACCGAAUGAUAUAGUGGCUGGUGAUAAUUUAUUAUGCUGCAUUGAAAAUUUCUGAAAACUUUGGAAACCAAUAAGUUUGUCAGUUUUGCCCAGUUAUUGCUCUCCCUCACUUUGUGUUUUAUUAAAGUUUUGAUACUCCCCUGUG